AUGAACUUCUUCAAGCGCCGUCAACGCGACCCCGCUGAGGGAGGCAAUACGAGCACGACGACGGCGUCUGCUGCGGUUGCUACCAGCGAGAAGACAAGAGGUCCCGUGGUCAUGAGCAUGAGCAAGCGGCCGACGUUUGGACAAUGGUUGAAGGUCACUUGGCUGGAUAUCUUUACAAUGGCUGCUAUGGGCAUGAUUGGUCUUGGUGUCUAUACUGCCCACCCGGCGCCGUCGAGAUCGUUCCCCGUGGUCUUCCAGGAUGGUGAGAUUGUUUACCCGCAGUUUGCGUAUCCCUUGCGAAAGGAGAUCGUGCCAAUUUGGGCUGCUGCUCUACUUGCUGCCUUGGUCCCCAUCUUCUUCUUCCUGGUCAUGCAAAUCCGCAUUCGAUCUUUCUGGGAUGUCAACAAUGCCACCAUCGGUCUCCUCUACUCACUGAUCACUGCUGCCGUCUUCCAAGUCUUCCUCAAGUGGUUGAUCGGUGGUCUCCGUCCCCACUUCCUCGCAGUCUGCAAGCCCAACAUCACCCUCGUCGACCAAGAAACCGGCAAUGGAUUCCGCCAGAUCAUGUACGACCGCACCAUCUGCACAGGCGAUGAAUCCGAAAUCGACGACUCCCUGGAAUCCUUCCCCUCCGGUCACUCCACCGCCGCCUUCGCCGGUUUCGUCUUCCUCUACCUGUACCUCAACGCCAAACUCAAGGUCUGGUCCAACUACCACCCCGCCAUGUGGAAGCUCAUCGCCACCUACGCUCCCAUCCUCGGCGCUACCUUGAUUGCAGGCGCGCUGACAAUUGAUGAGUAUCACAACUGGUACGACUGCGUUGCGGGUGCGAUUAUCGGCACGGUCAUGGCUUUCAGCGCGUAUAGGAUGGUGUAUGCGAGCAUCUGGGACUGGCGCACCAACCACAUCCCACUCAACCGCGCUGUCCCCUUCCCAGGAGCUGGUACGGGCAAAGUUGAUCUGGAGCAUGCUAUGUUCACGCGUCAGGCAGGCUGGGGAUACGCUGAUGACAUGCACGGCGGUAUGCAGCAAUCAUAUGAUGGGCACGUCAUGGGCCACGGCAACGGUGCUGACAUGGUCUCUUCUCCUCCUCUCGCUCGCACUAAAAGCGGCCUGGAGCGUAAGCCGGUUCCUGCUCCCGCGGGCCAUCCCGUUCCUGGGCCGGAGAACAUGGUCUAG